GAUGGGCAUUAUGUCCAUCUACGAUCCGGAGAAGCGCCAGGGCUCGAAGAAGGUGGGAGGCUUGACUCGCUCCUCAUCGGCCACCCCAGCGCAGCUGGCUGCAAGAGGCAGCCUCACGGAGCUACUCCCAGCCCUGGGCAGCGAGGUGCCACCAGCUGAUGUGCUCCGGGAUGAGAUGCGCGACUUCUCACUCAAGGAUCGCGUUUCUGCCGCGGAUGUUUUCACGGCACGCUGGGCUCUGCAGCGCAAAGCCGCCGAG